AUGGCCCGUGUAGGGACUUCAACGGUAGUUUUCUGUCCCCUGGCAAACUUGGCCAGGGAGGUCGUGGCCUGCUUGCAAGGCAGUCACCGUGGUCUUGAUGAUUUUGGCUUCGCCAAAAGGCUCAAAUUUGGCCAUGCCUCUGUGUGUCCCAUCGAGGAUGCUGUGGUACUCUUAAUACUGGAGUUCACUGACCUGGGUGCUGCCGAAGCUUCGCAGCUCGCGGCGGAGGAAGUGGCGCGGACUCUGAGCUCCCUUGGGCAGCCGCUUGGUCUCCGAUCCGAGAAGCCGCUGCCGGAGCUUUUCGCUCAUUGGGGAUGGUGUUCCUGGGAUGCGCAUGGCGUCGGUGUCAGAGCAGAGCACUUGGAGGCCAUGGCAGCGAAGCACCGUCCGCCGUGGCUGGUUCUUGACGAUGGCUGGCAGGAGGAUGUCGAACCGGCAGAGUGGCGGAGAUGGCUGCACACUCCGCAGAGCCGCUCCCUGGCGCGUCCUGGCUUCGGGUCACUGCAGGAUCUGGUCAGAACUUUGCGGAGCUCGGGUUCAGCAUUGCUUGUUUGGCACACGUUGCUUGGCUACUGGGGAGGCGUGGCGGACGGCCGAGGUUUCGCUGUUGGCCGCCGGCGGCCUCUCUGGCCGUCUGGGCUUCAGGCUGGCUGCCCAAGCGAAGUUGACGUUUGGGAUGGAGAUUUCUGCACGCUUGAGACAGAGGAUGACAUGGAGAAAUUCUAUGCGGACUUCUACACUGCUUUGGGCGAUGCCGGGGUCGCAGGCGUUAAGUGCGACGGCCAGUUUCUUCCCGAGGUUCUGAUUGGCGCUCGGCGUGCUGCAAAGCUUGCAGAGAUACAGGCCGCUGCUGCCAAGGCCCUCGAGGGUGGUGCACCUUUGCCGCAGCAGAGAAGCCGAGCACAUAGCAAUGCAUCAAAUGAGAAAGAUGGCAGCAAACAUGGCAUCGAUGUCACGUCACUUUUUGUCAGCGGUUGCGUAGUGCUGACUCGUGUGUCCGAUGAUCAUGCUUAUCCAGGUGUUGCGGAAGAUGCAAGGUCGGUUGCGCGUCACAUCUGGCACUGUGCUUCGAACUCUCUAUGGCUUGCGCCCUUCGUGCACUGCGACUGGGACAUGCUGAAGACGGGGGAGUGGCAUGCGGCCAUCCACGCAGUGGCGCGCGCCGUGGCUGGCUGCCCGGCAGCUCGGCGCAGGGUCUAUGCCAGUGACACUGCCGAUAGCUUCAACGGCGAGGUGUUGGCUCCCUUGCUCCUCCCGGAUGGGACUGGGCGCGUGGUUCCCUGUGAGGCAGUGCUGCAUGUUCACUGCAUAUCGGUGGCCGUUCCCAUCGAACGCCAUGUGUUCCUCGACCCGCUGAGCCAAGCAGAGCUGAUGUGGCUGUGGAACCGAAGUCGCGGUGGGCCCUUUGGCUUCAGGUAUCCGUCGGAUGUGGACGAGGAGCUUGUUUCACUGCUGGAGCUGUGUGGGUCAGAGCUAGAUGCAAAGGAGCCAGACAGCUGGGAUGUGCAGCUGCAUUUCAUGGGUUUCGCUGUGGUAGCUUUGGCACCAAUUCUUUCAUUCUUUGGCCAUCGAGUAGCCGUGUUUGGCCUUGCCGGUGUUUGGAACCCGACUGGGACGUUGGCUGAGCUUCCCCGCGCUGACAGUGAUGGUUCCUAG